AAUCUCUAUCUAAAAACAUGUAGAACUUUUCAGAUCUAUAUUAUAUCAUUAUAAUAUUAAGUUUACUAGGAAACUACUGCCCAUACUUGCAUAUCAGUCCCAUAUCGAUUUUCAUCAAUUUUGAGUUAGCUUGAGGAAUGAAAUCUAUCCUCAAUAUACUCUUAGAAAUUGCAAUAAAAGUUGAGGGUUUGUUCAGUAAAAUGUGGAAAAAUAUCAACUCAUGUCUGUCCCAUAUGCAAAAUACUCGCAUAUCAGUCCCAUUCAGUGCAAAUUUCAAUAAUUCGUUGCAAUAUUCGAAUAGUAAAGGUGUAUUACCGAUAUUUCAAGUAAUAAUACCAUGAUUUAGCAUUAGGUUGAACAAUAAAUCAAAAAAAUCGGAAAUAAAAUUUUAAUCGUCUUUUUCUAGACAUGCCGAUUUUCCAUAUGGGACUGAUAUCUUUUUCAUAAAAUGAUACCUGAGUUGUCUAAGCUCGAGGUAAUAGGCUGGAAGAGUUUUUAGGAAACAAUAGAUCUAUUGUUCUUUAUUAGUUUAACAUAUUUUAGAAGAGCGCACGCUAAAGUCUUUUUCAUGCAGGGGAUACGUACACUGAACAAAAUAAUAAUGUAGCCAUUACUUGAGAUACGUAUAUAUUUUCUACCAUACUUUUCAGAUGAAAUUGAUGUGCUACGAUCAUGCAAUUCAUUUUCAAAAGGUGCAUGUAUUACACGAUGCAGUCUGUCAUAACUACUUUACAUUCAUACGAUACCGAAUAUUCCGCCGACUCUGUAGAAUGGUGUCCCCACAGACCGCAUCGAAAUUUGUUCGCCUGUGGAACAUAUCAGCUGGACGAAAAUGAAACGAAUAACUGUGGAUCUAGUCAUGCAGUCCGCAAGGGUCGAUUGCUGCUUUUCAGUUAUAAUAUAGAAAACAACUCAUUAACUCUUAAGCAAACAAUUGAAACCUCUGCUAUUCUGGAUCAGAAAUGGCACCAACAAAUACCUUCGGUGGCAGUCGUUAACGCUAGUGGAGAAGUGGUGAUGUUCAACUUAUCUUUAGAAGAACAGUUGACUAAAAUUGAUAUUCUCAGCAUUCCUAUUACUGAUGGGGGUAGUGACCAAUUGGCUCUAUCAAUAGAUUGGACAAAACAAGGAGAUAGAGCAUUAGUGAGUGAUUCUAAUGGAGGCAUUUCAAUAAUCAGAACUGAUAAAUGUGGAAUGCGAAUACAAAACCGAUGGACGGCGCACGCCUUUGAAGCAUGGACUUGUGCUUUCGAUAAAGCAAAUGAUAAUGUCGUAUAUACGGGUGGAGAUGAUGCUGUACUAUGUGUCUACGACAUUCGUUGUUUGAACGUAACGGUUGCUAAAAAUAAGAGUCACAGCGCAGGUAUUACGUCAUUGCUUGCUUUUCAUCAUGUUGAGCAUUUAUUGGCUACUGGAAGUUAUGAUGACAACUUGAGAAUCUUUGACACGCGUUAUAUGAAAUCUCCUGCUAAUCAAAUCAAUCUCGGAGGUGGUGUUUGGAGGAUAAAAUCAAAUCAUCAUCAACCAGAUCAAAUACUUUGCGCAUGCAUGUAUCAUAAUUUUAGCAUCAUAAACUUACACAGUGAUCGUAGUAUUGUAUUAGAUACGGAAUACAAUGAACACAAUAGCAUUUGCUAUGGAUGUGAUUGGAGCUACAAUUCCAAUGAAUCUGAAUCGAAAUAUUUUGCAACUUGCUCAUUUUAUGACCAUAAAUUGUGUUUGGCUGUAUUAAAAGCGCAAAAAUAAAUUUUAGUAUGUAAUCAAAA